GGCCCCGCCUCAGAGCACCCCAAACUUGACACCAUGAAGAUCCCAGUUCUCCCUGCUGUGGUUCUUCUCUCCCUUCUGGCGCUCCACUCUGCUCAGGGGGCAGCCCUGGGUAGUUCUGAGGAAGAAAGCACCAUUGGUAAUUAUGCGGCAGGACCUGAGGCUUUUAAGAAUGAUGAAUUCCUGAACUGGCACGCCCUCUUUGAGACUAUCAAAAGGAAGCUUCCUUUCCUCAACUGGGAUGCCUUUCCUAAGCUGAAAGGAUUGAGGAGUGCAACUCCUGAUUCACAGUGAUCGUUCCCUUCAAGACCCAGCACUGCUGAUACCCAUUGGAAGGGGGCUAAUGUGGUAUCGGAUCACCAUCCUACAAUCACUCUUUCCUGGCUCAAUAACUCCAAUAAAAUGUCUUCCAACCAAAUA